GAUAGAUAGAUAGAUAAAUAUACUUUAUUGAUCCCAGGCUGUAAUUUACAGGCUGGGAAAUUACAGCAUCAAAGUAUCUUCAAAGUACAAAAAGUAAACAUACUCAUAAUGCAUAAUGUCCACGCAGUAUAUCAAUUUCAGAUGAAUGUACAUAUUACUGAUUUAAUCAUCAAUGCAUUAUAAUGUUACAGCUUAAUUAUUUUGAAUCUUAUACAGUAAAUGAAGUGGAGUAAAAACAGUGUAGGCUACCUCAAAACUGUACUUAAGUACAGUACUUGAGUAAGUCUGCUGAGUUACUUUCCACCAUUGAAUCUAUUCUGUCUGAGGGUUGGAUGAUGCUGAAGUUGAGUUUUCAGGUAUUAUUUACCUUCUCCUUUCUCCUAUUGGUCUUCAUUACCUGAAAUCCAAGACUGAGCUGGUCUGAGAUCAGCUCGUGUGUUGGUCAGGUGUAUAUCUGAGCGUAGAGUUUUAUAGCAUCUCGGGAACAAUAGGUUUCUAGGAUAUAAGCUUGUCUAAACACUGAGAGCACGCAGCUCGCCGAGGCUUCACUCACUCGGCGCAGUAGGAGACAAAGAGCGAGGGAAUAAGAUGGAGGACAUGAAAGCGGAGGAAAGUGGGACUAGUUUAUUUCACCAGCUUACAGCCCAGAGGAAGGCUGAGGAAGAAGACGCGAAGAUCGUGCUACAGCGGCUGAUACUGGCUGCUCGGCUCCCCCGCCAUCUCGCUGACAGGACACAACUGGGAGCUCAUUAUGAAAAACUCAACUUUCAGCUGAGCAAGCAGUACACAUGGGAUCACAUGACGGGCCUGCUGUUAAUUUAUCCAUCCUGUCUGCUGCACAUCAUUGAAUCAUCCAGGGAGGUUCUGGUUUCUGUUCUGAAAGACCUUAAAGACAUGCAGCAACAGCCGGACUGCGCCUUGCUGGAAGCUCCCAGGGUCGUGUUCAUGGCACAUAACCCCGAAAGCAGGCUGUUCCAGCAGUGGAGCCACAAGGUGCUCAGUGCAGGUCAGGGUCCCGAGGACACCGGGGCUAAGGGACUCGAGGAGGACGAAGACAGCACAGAGACUCUGGUCUGCACUGUCCUGACAGCACUGCAGAGACUUGGUGAACGGCUUGAAACGUCUAAGAAGGCUCUUCCUGGCUCCGUGCUGGAUGAGACUCCGGAGCUGAUCGUCUCCCAGGACGUUCUCAACAAGCUUUUGGCUCGAGAUGAUCUCCUGACUCCACAGCAACACCUGCAGACGUACAACUCGCCGUUACACGUCAGCAUGGACUUUGGACAAGUUGUUCGCAGCGGCUCCCUCACCACAGUUUAACUCUGUGGGCUAAAGCUCAGCAUGUUUCCACCCUGAGCGCCGCAUGUUUGAUCUGAUCUUCACUCGUCAUGGCCGCUUGUCAUCUCAGAGGUCUGCAUGCUGGGUGUAAUUUGGCGCCGUCGUGUCAGCCGCCUUAAACUUUGAUUUACGCUGCUGUUCAGAACUGUAAUGGGAUGUUUUAUGCCUCUGCAGGAUGUGUUUGGCCUUGUCUAAAGCCUGUUGGAUGGGACCGAAGGCUGAGAAAUCACUGCGACUUACUGAACCUUUCUGGGUUUUUUUCUUUUUGUUGUGUGUACAGAACGUGUUUGAGCGAAAUAACAUUUAGAACAAAAGCACAGAAAAUCCAAGUAAUAUAAAAACGUUUUUAAUAGUUUGAA